AUGCCGACUCGACCGCCAGCGAACGCGGCGGCGAUAAAAGAGCGCGCGGCGGCGCGGCGGCGCGCGGGCGCGACCCCUCGACGUGGGUUUCCGCAAAGCGUGCCGGGGUCGACGAAGGGCGCCUCGUCGAAGGACGCGAGACAGCCGGGAUGGGAGUUGACGUUCAGCGACGAGUUCGACGGUGAUGCGUUAGAUUUAUCGAAAUGGCGACCGAAGGUGAACGAGAGCGCGCCAGGUUUAGAGCGACACGGCGGACAGCAACAGUUUUACGUUCCCGAGAUGUGUAAAGUCGUCGACGGCGCGCUCGUCAUCGGGACGCGGCGUCAGCGAGGCGUGCGCACUGCCGCGACGCCACACGGAGGUGCCGUGGGUCAUCGUGGUCGCGGUGAUCAGUAUCCGUUCCUGUCGUGCUGGGUGGACACGAAAGAGGCGUUCACGCAAACGUACGGGCGAGUUGAGAUUCGCGCGAAGAUUCCCGAGUCCAAGUGUCCGGGCGUUUGGCCGCAGCACUGGAUGUUACCUGACCCCGAGAAGAGCGUGCCGAAGCGCGCGUGCUGGCCGCUUGGCGGGCAAAUUGACAUCAUGCAGUCGUACGGCAGAGGUUUGGGCGGGCCCGGGACGCGUGCGGGAACGGUGGAAUCGGGAUAUCAUUUCGCCCCAAAGGCGGAGUGCGGCGCCGAAGGCUUCUCGCGAAGCGCGUACCCGCCCAUGAUGGACCCCGCGAUCGAUUUCAGCGCGGAUUUCCACACGUAUGCGGUGGAGUGGUCGAAGGAUAGCUUGACGUUCACCGUCGACGGUCAUCCCGUGCAUCACUUGACGCGCUUUAAUGUGCCCAUCAUUCCGCGAUGGCCGUUUUAUCUCAUCCUGAACACCGCGGUGUCGCCGUUCGGCAUGCCUGCGGCGCUCAAUCAGUGCGACGAUGACAUGUUUCAUUACGUCGACUACGUUCGAGUGUACAAGCGCGCCUCGGCGCAGGUCAACGCGGAUGUCUGGCGUUUCCUGUCUUUUUCCGUCGUCGUGUUGAUCACGUUCGUCGCGGCGAGCGUGUGCACGCUUCGUCGCGCGUUCAACCGGGACGUCGAUGAUUACGGCAUCAUAGACGGCGACGACGAAGACGAAGACGUCGAUCUUUUGGCGUUCGAUGAAGACUUGUACAUCACACAUGCCGACGAAUUCGGCACGGCGACGCACAAGCCCGUCAAGGCGUUUUCGUACAGCGUCAACGACGACGACGAUUCAACCAUUUCAUUCAAUCGACGUCGCACCGACAGGACCGAGGCUGCGACCCCGCUCAUCGGUGACGUCGCUUUAGCGCUCCCCGACGACGGCACCGGUCGGUUCAGAUCGAGCGGGCCGUACAUUCGUCGUCGCGCCAAUCCGCCGAAGAGCUCGCGUCCCGGAGUCUACAGCGACGUCUGGGCGCGAGACGAAUAG